AUGGAAAAACUUUUCAGUAUUACUCUAAUGCUCUUCAUCCUCCUCACCACGAUUCCUUCUUCACAUUCAAACAACCAUACUGAUCUUGAAGCUCUUCUGGCAUUCAAGAAUUCCAUACACGACGAUCCACUGCAUGCUUUGAGCUCAUGGAACGAAACGACACAUUUCUGCCGGUGGAAUGGCGUCUCCUGCAGCAAAAGGCAUCCAAACAGAGUCGUCUCUGUUUCUUUGCACUCUCAAGGCCUUGCGGGAUCUCUCUCGCCUCACAUAGGCCUCUACAAUCUUUCAAGUGUCGAGAUUUUCGGAUUUGAUUUCAAUCGACUCCAUGGAAACAUACCUGUCGACAUAAGCUCUACACUUCCCAAGUUGAGGCACCUUUAUUUGAAUUCUAAUAAUUUCAGUGGAGUGCUUCUAGCUUCGCUAUCUAACUCUUCCCUAAUUGAAAGCAUACAAGUAACUGAUAACAGUUUCACCGGAAAUAUGAUACAUUUAACUAGGUUUUCAGCUCUUCAAUAUCUUUCAACUGGAAAUAACCGUUUAAAUGGAGAUAUAGGUAAUAUUUUAUCAUCUCUGACAAACUGCACCAACCUUAAAAGUUUGUCGUUGUAUCAAAACCAUUUCACUGGUUCGUUGCCAGAUUCCAUUGGAAAUCUGUCUAAUCACUUGUCCUUCUUAAACCUCCAUAAAAAUCUGUUAAGUGGAAGCAUUCCAUCUAGUAUAGGAAACCUCAUUAGUCUCACUCUUUUAUCAGCUCAUACUAAUAAUCUAAAAGGUCCAAUUCCUCCCUCCAUUGGAAAACUUCAUAAGUUGCAAGAAAUCAGUCUCCUUAAAAAUAGAAUGACACAUGAGAUGCCAUUUUCAUUAGGCAACUUGACUUUGUUGAACAAGCUCUACUUAGGAUUAAACAAUCUUUCUGGGAGUAUACCUCAAAGUCUUGCCAAUUGUACCAACUUGUCUUUGUUAUAUCUUUCAUAUAACAAUCUCAGUGGUUCAAUACCUCCCGAGAUUGUUAAGCUUUCCUCUAUAGGCAUUGCUCUAGACCUAUCUCACAACAUUCUGACUGGUACUAUUCCAUUAGAAGAUGGGGCUUUGAGAAAUCUUGGAAUCAUGGACAUGUCCCACAACAGAUUAUCCGGAACCAUUCCUUCUUCUUUGGGGAGUUGCGUGAUGCUCAGUGAGGUUGCAUAUUUUUGUGGACAAAUGUUGUAUUGA